AUGAAUAAAUCCGUUAGCGAUGCACCAAAUAAAGAUGAAGAAACAUAUCAACUACUCGAACAACUUGAUCAUAUUCUUAAACGACCUGAAACAUAUAUUGGUUCAAAUAAACCAUGUCAUGAAGAAAUGUGGAUUCUUGAUGAAAAAAAUGAAGAAGGUCCAAAAAUUAUCAAAAAAGAAAUUACAUAUGUGCCUGGUCUCUACAAAAUUUUCGAUGAAAUUCUUGUUAAUGCUGCUGAUAAUAAACAACGUGAUUCAACAAUGACAUCCAUCGAAGUAGAUAUCAAUCAAGAAAAAGGUGAAAUAAAAAUUUGUAAUGAUGGUCGUGGUAUUCCUGUUCGUAAAUGGGCUCAAGAUGAAUCUAUUUAUAUUCCAACAUUAAUUUUUGGCAAACUUCUUACAUCAGAUAAUUUUAAUGAUAAUAAUAAACGAAUUACUGGUGGUCGAAAUGGUUAUGGUGCAAAAGUAACAAAUAUUUUUAGUACAAAAUUUACUGUUGAAACAUGUUCUAAAGAAUAUAAAAAAUCAUUUAAACAAACUUGGACAAAUAAUAUGCGUGAUCCACAAGAUGCAAUUAUAACUAAAACAAGUGAUAAUCCAAAAGAAUUUACUCGUGUUACAUUUAUACCUGAUUUAAAACGAUUUCAAAUGGAAAAAUUCGAUGAUGAUCUUGUUGCAUUAUUUAAACGUCGUGCUUAUGAUGUAGCUGUAUCAACUGGUUGUAAAGUAACACUUAAUGGCAAACGUAUUCCAGUAAAAAAUAUGAAAGAUUAUAUGUUAAUGUAUGUUGAAACAACAGAAAAAGAAAUUGCUUAUAAAAAAGUUAAUGAUCGUUGGGAAGUUGGUAUUGCAAAAUGUGAUUAUAAUAAUGGUUUUACACAAGUUAGUUUUGUUAAUUCAAUUUUAACAUCUGAAGGUGGUAAACAUGUUGAUUAUAUAACUGAACAAAUUUGUCCAAAACUUAUUGAACAUAUAAAAAAGAAAAGUAAAACAGCUGGUGAAAAUCUUAAACCUAUGCAAGUUAAAACGCAUUUAUUUGUAUUUGUUAAUUGUUUAAUUGAAAAUCCGGAAUUUGAAUCACAAGCAAAAAAACAAUUAGCAACAGAACGUAAACAUUUUGGUUCAACAUGUCCAUUAAAAGAAGAUGAAAAUUUUUUAAAAGAUAUUAUUAAAAAAACUGGUAUUGUUGAAUCAGUUAUUAAUUGGCUUGAACAUCGACAAGAUGCUAAAUUACAAAAACAAAGUGGAACAAAAACAUCAAAAUUAAAAGGUAUACCUAAAUUAGAUGAUGCAAAUGAUGCUGGAACAAAAAAUUCACAAUAUUGUACAUUAAUUGUAACUGAAGGAGAUUCAGCUAAAGCACUUGCUGUAGCUGGUCUUGGUGUUAUUGGUCGUGAUCGUUAUGGUGUUUAUCCAUUAAAAGGUAAAAUGUUAAAUGUUCGAGAAGCGACAACAAAAAAAAUGACAGAAAAUAAUGAAGUUUCACAAUUAGUUAAAAUUCUUGGUUUAAAUUAUGGUGAAAAAUAUAUAAAUAAAAGUGAUUUAUCUAAAUUACGUUAUGGAAAGUUAAUGAUUAUGGCCGAUCAAGAUCAAGACGGUAGUCAUAUUAAAGGUCUUGUUAUUAAUUUUAUACAUUAUAAAUGGCCAAAUUUACUCAAACAUGAUUAUAUUGAAGUAUUUAUUACACCAAUUCUAAAAGUUACAAAAGGUAAUGAUGUAAUUCCAUUUUAUUCUAUGCCUGAAUUUGAACAAUGGCAAGCAUCAACACCAAAUUGGCAAAAAUGGAAAUGCAAAUACUACAAAGGUUUGGGUACAUCUACAGCUAAAGAAGCAAAAGAAUAUUUUUCUAAUAUGGAUCGUCAUCGUAUUAUAUUUAAAUAUGAUUCAAUUAAAGAUGAUUUAGCUAUACAAUUAGCAUUUAAUAGUGCAUUAAGUGAUGAUCGUAAAGAUUGGAUUAAAUGGCAUACAGAAGAUGUUAAUCAAAGACGUGAACAAAAUUUACCAGCCGAUUAUUUAUAUAGAAAAGAUACAAAACAAAUUAAUUUUAAUGAUUUUAUUAAUAAAGAACUUGUUCUUUUUUCUAAAUCAAGUACUGAACGUGCAAUUCCAAGUAUUAUGGAUGGUCUCAAACCUGGUCAACGUAAAAUAAUGUUUGUUUGUUUUACAAAAAAUUUAAUACGUGAAAUAAAAGUAGCACAAUUGGGUGGUAAAGUAGCUGAAAAUUCGGCUUAUCAUCAUGGUGAACAAUCAUUAACAAAUACAAUUGUUGGUCUUGCACAAAAUUUUGUUGGUUCAAAUAAUAUUAACUUUCUUGUACCAGCUGGUCAAUUCGGUACACGUUUGCAUGGUGGUAGUGAUGCUGCAUCAGCACGUUAUAUUUUUACACGACUUAGCGGAACUGAGAAAUAUCAUACUGAUACAACAGUUCGUUUUGUUGUUAAAUUAUCUCAAGCACAAUUUGUUAAAUUUAAUGAAUCUGGUCUUCAUAAAAGUUUUCGUUUACAAGAAACAUUUAAAUUAACAAAUAUGGUUCUUUUUGAUCAUAAUGGUAUAUUACAUCGUUACAAAAGUCCUGAAGAAAUUUGUCAAGAAUUUUUUAUGGUUCGUCUUAUAAUGUAUGUUAAACGAAAAGAAUAUAUGGUUGGAACAUUACAAUCACAAUGUUUAAAAUUAGAUAAUAUAGCAAGAUUUAUUAAAGAAAAAAUUGAAAAUAUUAUUAGUGUUGAAAAUAAAAAGAUAAGUGCAGUUGUUGAAAUGCUUAUCGAACGUAAAUAUGAUCGAGAUCCAGAAAAAGUUUGGCGUGAAGAAGCAAAAAAGAAGUUUGCUGUUGAGAUUCAAACAAAUACUAAUAAUGAUAAUCCAGAUCAAUUAGAUGAUUUGCAACAAAAACAAGAGGACGAUGAAGAUGAAGAAAAUGAUGAUGAUGAUGAAAAUACUAAUAAAAAAGCAAAACCAACUACAUCAUCAACAGCAAAUAAAAUUGAUACAACCUAUUAUGAUUAUUUAAUUAAUAUGUCACUACGUAAUUUAACAAAAGAACGACGAAAUGAAAUUCUUAAAGAACAACAAGAAAAACAUGAAAAACUUGAUGCUUUACAAAAAAAAUCUCCUGAAGAUUUAUACGAAGAUGAUCUUGAUCAUUUUGAAGCUGAAUAUCAUAAAGCUAUUGAAAAAGAACGUGCUGAUGAAAUGUCUGAAGUCGCCCAUUAUACAACAAAAAAAGCCGCUGGCACUACUACUACUGAUGGUAAAAGUCGUAAAAAACAAGUAAUUAAACCACAACGUGCUGAAACAAAACCUGCUCCAAAUGGUCAACGUAUACAACCAGUUAUUGAUCCAGCAUUUGUAAAAAAAGUUACUGAAGAACUUAUGAAACGUAAUCGAGAAGAAAAAACUAUUGCUGAUAAACGAACAAUUAUUGAAUAUCUUGUUAAAGAAGGUGUUACAUCUCAAGAAAUAUCUGAAAUAAUGCAAAUACGUUGUAAAGAAAAAAAACGAAUCGGCAAUGUCAUAGAAAAGAAAUCAAAUGAAACAACAAAAGAAAAAAAAAUGGAUGGUACAAUAGAUGAAAAUAGUAAUUCAUCAAUGAUUUCAAUUGAUGGAAAAGAUAAUUCAGAAAAUAUCAAACAAGAAAUGUCACCAAAACGUAAUGCAAAACGUACAGUAAAAGGAAAAGUUGUUAAAUAUGGUAGUGAUGAAGAUAGUAGUAAUGAAAAUCAAGAAAAUAUUGGUGAUAAUGAAUCAGAUUAUGUUGGUAGUGAUUCAGAGAUAGAAAAGAAAAUUAAAAAAACAAAAUCAAAACCAAAAAUACCAUCACCCGAAAAGAAAAAUGCAUUAAGUGUUCUUAUGCAAAAUCGACAAAAUAAAGAUGAAAAUAAAACAGAAAAACCAAAAAAACCUCGAACUAAAAAAGAUCCCGAUGCAACAACAAAGAAAGAAACUGUUAAAAAAGAGACAAAAACAGCAAAACGACCAAAACCAACAGCUGAAAGUGAUGAUGAUGAUAUCACCAUUCUAUCAACAUCACCUAGUGCAAAUAAAAAAGCUCGUACACAACGUGAUGCUGCUGCGAAAAAAAAUUAUCAUAUUUCAGAUGAUGACGAUUUCGAUUAA